AAUAACAGGAAGUCGUAAAGUUAACCUUGAAAUUCGUUUUCUCGUCUAAAUAAUUAAAUGUAAUGAUUUUGACAAGUCCCAUGUGUUCAAUCAAACACUCCAAUUUUAUCGAUGAUUUUCAUUAUUAAAAUCGAAACUGCCGAAGCUGUCGAAUUUUAAAAGAAGUGCCAGACUUUAAUUAUGUGACAUAACCUCAAAAAAUUUAGAUUUUUUCUGUAUUUUACAUUUGUAAUGAAAAAAUUGUGUAUUUCCGGCAUGAAUAAACGAUUUAUAAUUAUGACGGGGGAUUCAUAAAAUGUUUGUGAGAUGAUUUGGAAAAGAAUCAUUUUAUUUCCUGUCAUUCAACAAAAAAAGAGGGAGAUGGCUGUGGUAUUCAAACGUCAAAUUUCACUGGUUCACCGACGAAACCUCGGCACGUUUGAUGCAUCGAAACUGAGACCGGAACUUGUUCUCAGCAAGGAGAAUCGAGCUUCUUGCAUCCAAAAAUUAAAAUUGUACAAAGUCCCGAAAAAUUCGGAAUUGAGACCACAAAAAAAAGCGGCAGUGCUCGCACCUCUCUGCACUUAUAAAGGCGACCUUGGAUUUCUCUAUACCCUUCGCUCAACAAAAGUCAGUUCCAACCAGGGUCAAGUUUCAUUUCCUGGUGGAAUGCACGAUGAAAAUGAUCCCAGUUUAAUCGACACGGCCUUGAGAGAGACCUGGGAAGAACUUCGAAUUCCGCAAAAGGAUGUGGACGUCUGGACGAGUACGGAUUUAUUUAUAAGAAAAGACGUAAGUGUGAUGCCAGUUCUCGGCUACAUCGGGGAAAUUGACCCGGAAAAGCUCAAAAUCAACACCCACGAAGUUGAGGAGGCCUUUGUGCUCACACUGAAAAAUUUAUGCGAGCCUUCUCUCUGUCGUUUUACGCAAUUUCGAAAUAAUUUUACACUCCCGACCUAUCUUGGGGGCAAGCAUCGAAUUUGGGGACUCACUGCCGCAAUAACGCACAUGAUAAUGAAUUCGCUUGUGUCUAAUUGCUACACACACAAAAUUAAGUACCUGCAACCGAUUGAUAAAUCAAUGCAAAUGAAAUUCCAAGUCUGAUCGAUUUUGUAGAUAGUCGUAAAUUUUAGGUUUUUAUUCUUGGAGAGGUGGGAUCAUGUAUUUUCCUUUUUCCGAGGCGAUUUCGAAGAAUAAAGUACAAUAUUUUUGUUUACUUUUAG